UAUUACACGUUAAACAAAUUAUUUACUAAUCGAAUCAGAUUUCCGAUACAUCAGCAGACAAAUGGAGAAGACACCAUAUGCGUGCGAAGUCUAUGACAAGUCGCUCAUUAAUAAUAGCAAUUUGACGACACAUCGCCGCAUACACACUGGCGAAAAACCAUACGCAUGCGAUGUAUGCGACAAAUCUUUCAGCGUAAAUAGCCAUUUGACGAUACAUCGACGUACACACACUGGUGAGAAACCGUAUGCGUGCGAUGUAUGUGACAGGUCGUUCAGUAAUAGUAGCUAUUUGACGACACAUCGACGCACACACACUGGCGAAAAACCAUACAUGUGCGAUGUAUGCGACAAGUCGUUCAGUAAAAGUGGAGAUUUGACGAUACAUCGACGUACACACACUGGUGAGAAACCGUAUGCGUGCGAUGUAUGUGACAGGUCGUUCAGUAAUAGUAGCAAUUUGACGAAACAUCGCCGCAUACACACUGGUGAAAAACCAUACGCAUGCGAUGUAUGCGACAAAUCUUUCAGCGUAAAUAGCCAUUUGACGACAAAUCAACGCACACACACUGGCGAAAAACCAUACGUGUGCGAUGUAUGCGACAAAUCUUUCAGCGUAAAUGGCCAUUUGACGACACAUCGACGCACACACACUGGUGAGAAACCGUAUGCGUGCGAUGUAUGUGACAAGUCGUUCAGUAAUAGUGGAGAUUUGACGACACAUCGACGCACACACACUGGUGAAAAACCGUAUGCGUGCGAUGUAUGUGACAAGUCGUUCAGUAAAAGUGGACAUUUGACGAUACAUCAACGCACACACACUGGGGAAAAACCGUAUGCGUGCGAUGUAUGCAGAAAAUCGUUCUCUGCAAGUGGCAAUUUGUCAAGACAUCAACGCACACACACUGGCGAAUAA